UCCAUUGUUCAACAUGGCACAAGUAGAGGAGUGGCGUUCGGUGAUUUACGUGUUACUAGCCGCAGCCGUUGCGUGCACCCAGGCGCGCAGUGUGUUGGAGACGAACUCGGUGGACCCUGCGGACGAGGACGAAGGCACGUGGUCAACGGUUCUGCUGCGCGACCUGCGGAUGGUUUACAAGACGUACCGCGACUGCGAGACGCGCGGCAAGGACGUCACCACCUGUCUCAAGGUGAAGCUGCUGACGGAGCUGGACAGGGCUGCGAGAAGCCGUGCGCCCAAUCUGCGGCUCGUCGACGGCCUCGUCACUCUCGUCAGAGACGACUCGGCAGACGGCGCCGACUCGCGGCCACUGCCGUCGGAGCAGCAGCUGGUGGAGACGCUGCCGCGGUCCGCCGAGGACAAGCAGCAGUCGCUGGACGCGCUGCUCGUAGACCGCGCCUCGGCCUUCCUCAGGAGCCGUUCGCUGCAGCUCAACCUCGGAGAGGCUGCGGCGCAGAUCGUUGAAGGUCGUCGCAAGAGGGACAAGAUGGGCGGGCUGCUGCUGCUGCUGCCUGUGCUCAUGGGCGGCAUGCUGAUCCCGCUGGCGCUGGGCGGCCUGGCGCUGCUGGCGGGCAAGGCGCUGCUGGUGGCCAAGCUGGCGCUCGUGCUGUCCUCGCUGCUGGGGCUGCGCAAGCUGCUGGGCGACGGCGGCGGCGCGCAGCACGAGCCUGUCGUCCAGGUCGUCUCGCCGCCCCACCACGGCCUCUACGGCCGCAGCAUCGACCUCUCGCCGCUGCAGCACACGGGCGGCGCACACGACCUCGCCUACCGGGCACACGCCGCCCGCCCCUCUGUCGCCGCCUGA